AGCAGGCCCGUUAUGGGUAGCUAUCUCGUAGUUCAGCCACUUGACACGACUAUGUGGAUGACUCGUAGCAUCUACGGGUUGAUUGAAGCACGCAGAUGAAUAGGAAACAAACAAGAUUACAUUUCAACGACAACUACACUAGUACAUUGGGUUUACUACCACUACGAUUCUGGGGUUGCCCCGCCCCUCACUCACGCCCGAGCACGACAUCUCCUCCGUAUCCAGCACAUCCCGCUAACCGCUCCACUGCCUCCACCAGACACCCCAUACUCCCCGUUGAAAGUUCCUUGCCGUGGACUACGCCAAGGGCUUGACUGGCAGUGACCCGGCUUCGAGCCAGGCUGGCGAACCCAACCUCCAAACUGUGCGUGGGAUGCGAGUCGGCGAAGGCGAGAAAUGCGCGCCUUACGCAGCGCACUCGCA